AUGGCAACAAUUUUCUGGCUUCUUACUUUACUAAGCCUCAGCUGCCUGCUAGGAUUCAAUGCCCAAGCACCAGCAACUGCACCGUCAAAGUUGCCACCUACAACCCCAACAGCAACACCACCUGUCAUUACACAACCACCUACUGUGGUGGCAUCUCCCCCCAUCUCAACCCAACCACCUGCAAAUGUAGCACCCAAAUCUGCUCAAGUGACAUCACCAGCUCCAAAGGUUUCACCACCAUCAAGUCCAAUAGUCCCUCCACUCCAACCACCAAAAACUUCACCUGUCUCAACUCCCACGUUGCCACCACCAUUACCACCACCAACAACAUUACCACCACAAAAUAUAUCGCCAUUACCAGUUCAAACACCACCUGCCCCCGCACCAGUAAAGGCAACACCAACGCCAGCACCUGCACCCAUAAAGCAAGCCCCAGCUCCUACACCGAUUACUUCCCCGCCAUUACCGGCACCAACACCUGCAGUAAAUGCCCCUGCACCAGCACCUGAGUCCCCCAAGCACAAGAAAGGAAGACACAAACACAAGCACAGGAGACAUCAUGCACCAGCGCCAGCACCAACAAUUAUUCACAAGAGUCCCCCUGCACCACCAACUGAUACUAAAGCAGAUGACGACACAACACCGGCACCAGCACCUAGUCUUAAUUUGAAUGGCGCACCAUCAAACCAUCAUCAAGGGAGAAAUAUAUGGGCAACAGCUGGAUUUGCUAUCACUGUUUUUCUAGCAAUAACUGUCUACAGCAGCUAG